AUAAAAACAAUUACAUUUUGUACGCAGACAACCUGCGACAUGUUUACUGCAUGAUAACAUUUUCCGCUUUGAAGAAUAUUUAUCAUUUUUUAAUUUUGUCUAAGAGGGUUCUUAGUAGAAACAUAUAUAAUGUACUUCCUGACGCUAUUGACAAUAACGGUAGUUGUUGUCUUAGGAACAACUGCAGCUAAGCGAACGUUGGUGCGAAAAAAUUUGAUAGAGAAUGUUUCAAGUAGCUUUCAAAAAAAUAUAGACGAACUCAAAAAGAAUUUACCAGCACCCAGUGAUUUAAAGGAAGGUUUGGAUAAAAAAGUAAAAGCUUUUCGAAGUGAAUUAGUGACAGUAAAUGGAAAGGUUAAGGAUGAAGUUGAAUCAACUGAGAAAUUAAGUGGUGCCAUAACUAGCAUUGGAGGUUCUGUAGUUAAAUUUGCUGAGGGUUAUAUUAAUGGAAAAUGGCAGGACAUGGUAGUAGGUGUUCUUGGUGUAAUUGGUGGUAUAGCUGCUUUAACUGGUCCUAUUGGAGCUUUAGUUUCAUCUGUUCUGAGUGUAAUAUCAAUGGUGAUUGGACUAUUUGGAGGAUCUCAAAAGGCUGAAGAAAGUCAAGAAUCAAUGUUGAAACGGGUAAUUACUGAAGCUCUUAAUAAAGCACGUGCUGAAGAACUAAAAGCUGAUGCUGAAGGUUUGAAGAAAAUGAUGUUAUCUAUUCGUACCUCUGUUAAUCAAUUUCGCGAAGCAGGAAAUGUAUCCCAAUUUCAAGCUUAUGAAAUGUACACUCAAGUUUUCACGGGUUUGGAUUUUUUCGGCAAGUUAAAGUAUGAAAUAAAUAAAUUCUGUGAUAUAACAAUUGAGGAAUCUCCACCUGAUAAUAAAUUCGAGAUCUACGGAGAAAGGGCUGAUAAAUGCUUGCUGUUUCUCAACUUGUAUUCUGAUCUUUCUAUAUAUCGCAUGUAUCUUAUUACAGAUAUGGCCAGUCUUUUCAGUGAUUUUAAUUUAACUGAAACCGCAAAGAAUCUUAUAUCAUUGGGGGAAAAAGAAAGAAUUUUAGAUAGAGAAAUAUUAAUGUUCUUGUAUGAUCCCAUCAACAAUCAUCUCCGAAGGUUUUGUGUUUCUCAGUAUUUUACUGCGCCAAGUAAAUAUAAAACAAUAAUGGUUUACUCUAAUCUAUUACACACAAUUCCAACUGAAAAGCUUCCUUCUAAAGAUAUAAUUGUUUGUAGUGGCCAGGCAAUGCUUGGAGUAUGUUACAAAUUGAAAUUAGAAGAAAAAAAAUCGACAGAGGAAUCAGAUAAUAUAUAUUACGAAAGUAAUGUAGCUAAUUGGAUAAAAAAAGGUUUUGAAUCAAUGUAUAUUUCAGAUACCUUUGAAGUUACUGGCUACAGUCAGGAAUCUCAUAAAGGAGAUAUGUAUGGUCCCUUCGUUGGACCUACUGUUGUUGGAGUGAUAACACGUGACCUUUGGCAAUCAAUAUUAAUUAAAAAAACAAAAAAGGGUUCACAGGAUAUGGUUCGUGUAUGCGUAAAGCCAUAUUUUAAUGUGAGUGGUGCCUGUGGCCAGUUAGAUAUCGGUGAAUAUCCGAACAUGCUACUUAAAUCUAAAUUGUUUGAAGAUCAGUCAUAUUUUGAAAAAAUACAAUCUAUUUCAAUUCCUGACAAUGUGCAAAUAGAAAUUUUUAAAGAAACUGAUUUUCAAGGCGAUAGUUACAGUUUGCCUGGCCCUAAUCUUAUUGAUGACUUUUGUCAAAAGUCAAUAACAAAGUCCAUGAAGAUUUCACACCACAAUAAAAAAGUUUCAGACAUGGUGAUGAUUUGUAAAGGAAUAUCUCUUUCUAAGCAGUGUGAAUACCUCGAAAAGGAUGAAUAUGAAACCACGGAUAUUAACGGAUGUUCUUAUUCUGGAAAAGAUGAAAUAAAAAGUAUGUUUGUACCGAAUGGUAAAAGGGUUGAGAUGUGGUCAGAUAAAAAUUUCGGAGGCAUGGAGCUAGGGCCAUAUAUUGGCCCAUUAACCAUGAAAGCUGUUGAUGGAGUACUCAGCAAUUAUUCAAUUGAUUCUUUAAAAGUUUUUGAAGAAGAUUUAACUAAAAAUAGAAGAAGAAAAAAGAUAUAACUAAAGAUAUGUAAAAUCUAAAUUAUAUAAUAUAUGUUUUGCUUUUGAAAUCUGCUUU